AUGGAUCAGGAGAAUGCGCAGCCCAUCAGCGCCGAUGAAAUCGCGCUUUACGACCGGCAGAUCCGACUUUGGGGAGUGCAGGCCCAGGAAAAGAUCCGGUCAGCAAACAUCCUCCUCAUCACAGUAAAAGCCCUCGCCAACGAAGUCGCCAAGAACCUUGUCCUGGCAGGCAUUGGUUCCCUCACCAUCAUCGACCACCAAGAUGUAACGGAAGAAGACCUUGGGGCACAAUUUUUUGUUGCCGAAGCGCAAAACGAAGGCGAGGUGAUCGGCAAGAACCGAGCCGAGGUUGCAGGACCCCAGAUCCGCAAGAUGAACCCACGCGUCAAACUUCACAUCGACACCUCAGAUGUGAAAACCAAGCAACCCGACUUCUUCGCUCAAUUCGACAUUACAAUCGCAACCGAACUCGACUUCCUCACCAACACCACCGUCAAUGCCGCAUGCCGCUUAGCCAACAAGCCGUUCUACGCUGCCGGACUCCAUGGAUUCUACGGCUAUGCAUUCGCCGAUCUCAUCAGUCACGACUUCGUGAUCGAGCGUAGCAAAUCCAACCUGAACGCCGGUACCCAGGAGACCCAAACCCGCAGCAUCGUCAGUAUCAACACCAAGAAGGAAAACGACAAGGUCAUUGAGCUAGUCACCAAGCGCGAGGCCUACUCCCCACUCAUCCUCGCAAACACCUCUCCCCUCCCAGAAGAAUACACCCGUCUGCCGCGCCGGCGCAAGCAAGUCACCCCACUACUAAGCUGCCUGCGCGCACUAUGGGAGUUUGAGAAAAUGCGCGGGCACCGGCCUUCAUUCACACACGAAGACCUGGAACUAUUCACUAAGCUGUCGCGGGACCGACACCAAGAGUUAAAGCUCGAGCCAUUGACGCUUGAUUCUGUGUUUUUGCGAACUUUCCUCCAGAACCUGGGGAGUGAAUUGAGUCCCGUUGCGGCGUUCCUGGGUGGGUCGCUUGCGCAGGAUGUUAUAAAUGUGCUUUCGGCAAGGGAGCAGCCACUGCAGAAUAUUUUGCUCUUUGAUGGGGAGAAGAUGGCCGGUCCGAUUUAUCCACUUCAUCCAUUCUUCCCCGAGGAUCUGGCUGGAGCGGAGAUGGCUGCUGUGCCUCCGGUGAGGAAUCCGGUUAUGGUGCCAGUCACUGGGGAGGUUGUGAGCUUGGAGUAA